CCCAAGAAUAAGAAGAGAGAGGUCCUUCAACAUCUUCUCUGCAAGACUAAGACUGCAACUUCAAUUUCAUGGCAGGACAGGCCGAGGCUUCCUCCUCCGCCCUCACUGCCAGUGCUGGAUCUUCAACUUACGAUGUUUUUCUCAACUUCAGGGGUAAAGAUACUCGCAAAACCUUCACUGGCCACCUUUUCCAGGCUCUGAACAGAGAAGGGAUCCAUGUCUUUAUGGAUUACAAAAUGAGGGAGGGAGAAGAGAUUGGGCCAACACUUCUCGAUGCAAUCCAACGGUCCAAACUCUCUAUACCUGUCUUCUCUAGAGGCUAUGCCGACAGCGAAUGGUGCUUGAUGGAACUUGUCAAGAUAUUGGAGUGCCGUAGAUCCAACCGUCAACUUGUUCUGCCAAUAUUCCUUGAUGUUGACCCGUCUGAUGUUGAACAUCAGACCGGAAGUUUUGAAGAAGCGUUUCGUAAUCAUGAGAAGAAAUAUGAAGCCCAUCUCACAGAGCAGUGGAGGGAUGCGUUGAGAGAAGUAAAGCAACUGAAGGGAUGGGUUCUCGGAGAAGUCGAAAAUGGGAAUGAAUCAAAAUUAGUUGAGCGUGUUGUAAAUCAUCUACCAUCUUUACUAAAAACUGGUUCCAAAGAUGUUUGUUCUAAUGGAAUAUGUGGCAUAAGUGGCAUUGAGAAGAAAGACAAAGAAGCUGAACGUGUUACAGUGAAAGAAUUAAUGGAAAAACCAUUAAGUUCAUUCUCGAAUACAUAUUAUUACAUUGAAGGAAAAAUUACGAAGCUUGAAAAUGAAACACCAUGGUACAAUGCCUGCAAAGAUUGUAAUAAAAAGGUACAAUUUCGGAGAGGUACCGCAAUAUGCGACAGAUGUGGAAAUGAUGAUACAAGAUAUACAAAAAAGUAUUGGGGAAGAUUCAAUGUCAUAGAUUCAACCGGAACGAUAUUUAUCACAUUAUUUGAUGAUAUUAAAGUGAUCACAGGAUGUUCGGCAACUGAGUAUGCAAAAUCAUUAAAAAAGUUGCAGUUGCAGUACCAAAAGAAACUACAUUCUUGUCUAUCAAAAAAUUAUCGUUUUUAUUUCAAAAUGGAUGAAAAAAAUAAGUCCAGUCGAACAUCAAAAAGCAUUGUUGCAGAUGCUAUUGAAGAAGGAGAUGCUGAUACAAACAUCAUCACAGAUGUGGAAGAAUUACCAAACAAAAAAUACAAAAAAAUUAAAAUAGUGAAAGAUUAAAUAGUGCCAUUGACACACCCUUUCUCUACAUAGUUAUUAUUAUUAUUAUUUUUUAAAAUAUUCUUGAUUGUGGCUUGUAUUUUCUCUAUGGUUUAUCAUAUGGAAUCUUGAUGGAUGUAUGUUCUCUAUUCUUAUAAAUUUUCACAAUGUUUGAGAUGUGCU